AUGGAAGACAUGGAGAAAGUAUGGAGGAGAUUGAAGCUGAAUGAUGAGGAGGAUGAACCGAUUGAAAUACAGCAUUCUGAUUCGAGUAUAUUGAAUCUGAAGAGUGAACGAAGUCUGGUUGGGAAGGUGAUUUCAAUGCGUCGGAUUGGGAAGGAAGUUAUCAGAUCUAUGAUGGAGAGAAUCUGGAAGGUAGGAAAACCAGUGGAAUUCCAGGAGAUUGGAAGUAACUGCUAUGUUAUAACAUUUGUAACUCGGAAAGACAAGGUGAGAGUUCUUGAUGGUUGUCCUUGGCUGUUUGAUAAUCAUCUAUUUGUUCUAAAAGAAUUUGAAGGUAAAGUGCAACCUAAUCUGUUUGACUUUGAUCAUGCUUGCCUAUGGGUGCAAAUGUUAAAUUUACCUUUGAAUUAUAUGACAAAAAGGAUGGUAGAGGAGAUAGGAAAAUCGAUAGGGAAGGUUGUGGAGGUGGAUGUGCAGGAAGAUGGCUCGGCUUGGGGGAGAUGCUUAAGAGUUAAGGUGGAGUGUGAUCUUAAAAAACCUAUAGCUCGAGGAAGGACAAUUCUAGUGGAUGGUAGGAGAAGCUGGGUGCCUUUUCAAUAUGAGAAGCUACCUAGGCUUUGUUUUAAUUGUGGAAGAAUUGUGCAUGAAAAGGAGGGGUGCAAGGGUAGUGAUGAAAAUGCUGGUCAAUAUGGAGUGUGGCUUAGGGCACGACCUAUAAAUAGAAAAGUAACUACUAAAGGGGAAGAGGAAAAGAUAAAAAAGAAAAAAGAAAAGGAGAAGGAUAAUUCAAGGCAGGAGUAUGAGGAAAUGGAGAAGGAAGGGGAAUCUCAGCAGGGAAGGGAGGAGGAUGAGUUAGUAGAACAAGAGGUGAUUGAUGUAAAUUCAAUGUUGAAGGUACAGGAGGACCUAUUUCAACCUAUGAUGAAAGUGAAUGAAGAGGAAGAUAGUAGACUAGAUGCUUGUGUGAAUGUACAAGAUGAGAAGUCUAAAGUGAUUGAAAAUAAAAUGCUGCAAUUGACUGAUGAGGAUGUGGAGAGCAAGAGGUCAUCAAGGUGGAAAAGAAGGGCUAGGGCUAGGGCUAGGCCUGAGUCAGGUAAGCAAACUAGCUCUUUUUCUCAACUAAAAAGAAAUUAUGAUGCUAUGGAAGAUGAUAGUGAACAGAUUGAUGGUGGCAAGAGAAUUAAGAAGGGUGAUGAGGUAGUGUGUGAUGAAAAUAUACUAAGGGUGGUGGCUGCUGAGCAGCACCACCUGGAAGCAUGA